AUGUUUCCAACCCUCGUCAGACGGCUAGCCCAAUCAGCAAAGGAACCCCUGACCAAGAGGAUUCCCUUGACUAUCGCAAACAAUCCUUUCAAGGCUCGCAAAGUGUGGCCGCCCGACUUCAAAGGAUUGACCCAUCAGCAACAGCUUCGGUUUGAGAAGAAGUACAAGCGUCGCAUAACCCUCGCACACCAUUCGCCACGAUGGCAGAAGGGCGUCAAGUAUGCGCAGCUCGUUACAAUUGCAGCCGCGUUGGUAUGGUUGCUUUUCUAUUCUGAAUUCGAGUGGUGGGGACAGCAGUAUAAGCCAUCAGAAGAGUUGCGAAAACACUACACCAAUCUCUUUGGCGUUCUGGACCCUGAGAAGCGAUACGAGCGCCGGAAGGACGCCCCAGAAGUAAAUCCGUCGUCGAAAACCCCCGAGUCGAAAUGA